AUGUCAGGGAAAUUUGAUUUAAGGACAGCCGCGUCCCUCUUACCAAGUAUGGAUGGUACGGAAGACGUGACAAAAAAGUUGGUUGAAGACUUAUAUAAUGAUUUUCUAGAUGCCAGUGAAAAAUCACAUUUAAUUAAGUAUAUUUUGAAGGCAAGGGUAUCUACAAGAGCUAAAUUACGACUUAAAACGCAGUAUAAUACGGUUGAAGAAUUAAUCACAGAUAUGAAAAACAAUUUGUUGACUAGAAAGGCACCAGCGGCAAUUUCACGUCAACUACACAAUGUUCGACAAGAAAAUAGGAGUAUUGAAGAAUUUGCUAAAGUAGUAGAACAAUUGUUGGUUUAUUUGACGUUGGCGCAAGCAGAUAACGAUGAUAGGGUAGUUCACAUUUUGCAACCAAUAAAUGAAAAAUUGGCCACUAAUUCAUUUGCCAAUGGUUUAAAAAGCAACGAGUUGCGAACUAUUAUAAAGGCCAGAAAUUAUGAAAAUUUAAAAGACGCAAUCAUGGGCGCAAAAGAAGCUGAGAUAGGGAGAUCACCACAAAAUUCUAUCUACCACGUACGAGGAAGAAAUUUUAAUAACCGUGGAUUUAGGUCACGAUCAAAUUUUAACAAUUUUAAUAAUCAGGCUAGAAGAUUUAAUAAUAAUUUUAAUAAUAACAAUAAUUUCCGUCAGUCCUCUUACAGUUAUAAUAAUUGCAAUUCUCCGCGUUCACAUUUUAAUUCCCAUAAUAAUAACAACAAUAAUAAUUAUCGUCACCAACACACGAGGUUUCAAGGACAGUCGCGAGGACGUUCGAUGACUUGGGGCUCAGCGGUAGUAAAUCGGGGUCGAGGUACGACCAUGCAUAGAGGCUACUUUGCUGAGGGAGCACAAAUUGAGGAAAGUUGUGGAGAGUGGUUUUUUCGAGUCUAA